CUGGCCAUCAGGUAAGCUGCUGCUUCAUGUUGUCCUUGGCUGCUCGUACGCUCCACGUUGGGGCUUCCUGUUGCCAAGGUGGCAGGCGCUUCAUAGCAACAGUCAUCUCUGGCAACAAGACAUCCAGGCUGGUGAGGGAGAGGCUGAAGAAGCAGGUGGAGAAGAUGAAGAGUGAGUUCUCGGGGUUCCGACCCAGCCUGGUGGUUUUGCAGGUGGGAGACCGAGACGAUUCCAACCUGUACAUUAGCACCAAACUGAAAGCUGCAGCUGAGAUCGGAAUCGAUGCCAAACAUGUCCGGCUGCCAAAGACGGCAACACAGGAUGAGGUCCUACAAAGCAUCAUGUCCGUCAACGAAAACACAUCCGUCCACGGUCUGAUUGUCCAGCUGCCUCUAGAUUCCAUCAACCGAAUCGACUCUGAGCUCAUCACCAACGCCGUCUCUCCGGAUAAAGACGUAGAUGGUUUGAGUUGUAUAAAUGCAGGAAAGUUAUCCCGAGGAGAUCUGAAGGACUGUUUCAUCCCCUGCACCCCCAACGGCUGCAUGGAGCUCAUCAGACAGACAGGCGUGUCGGUGGCGGGCAAGCAUGCGGUCGUCAUAGGUCGCAGCAAAAUAGUUGGCGCUCCAAUGCACGACCUGCUGCUGUGGAGCCACGCCACCGUGACCACCUGUCAUUCCAAGACGCCUGACCUACCGGAGCAGGUUAGCCGGGCCGACAUCCUGGUGGUGGGGGCGGGCAGAGCGGAGAUGGUUAGAGGAGACUGGGUGAAGGAGGGGGCGGUGGUCAUCGACUGCGGCAUCAAUCAUGUCCCAGACGAGACCAAAGCCAGCGGCAAACGGGUGGUUGGAGAUGUCCACUAUGCUUCAGCCAAUCAGAGAGCGGGAUUUAUCACACCGGUUCCAGGGGGGGUGGGGCCGAUGACAGUGGCCAUGCUGAUGGAGAACACGGUGCAGAGCGCUCAGCGUUUCCUCCUCAGAAAGCAGCUGUGCAGGUGAAACAAGAACACUGGAAGGGUGAUUUUAAGGCCCAGAUCAACACUCACAAGAGCUUCAUUGUUUUUCCCCGUUUGAUUAAACCAAUUUGUUUUAUUUAA